CCGGAGUCGGGUUGGCUGCCUCCCGCUCGACUCGCCGUCCCCACACACAGUACGUCGACCUGACGCGUUUGACAGCAGCCCCCUAUUCGAGAGGCACCUCUAUGCGACCGCCCAGACUGACCGCGACGCAGACUUCGACCGUGUCCGCUGACAGCGCCCGACCCAUUGUAGCUUGCCGGCUCACGUCGCCCGUCUACCGUUCCACUGUUGUUGGCCCACUGAUAUAAGGCGCUCGCCCUGCGUGCACCUUGUCGCUCAUGGCGAGCCACCAGCAGCCGUCGCCCACUACGGGCAUGCCGCCGCAUCACGGCGCUCCGCAUCUCGGGCAUCCGCAGCCAAACGGGCAUGCUCCACAAUUGAACCAGCCGAAAACACCAUCGCAGUAUCUUGCACAGCUGACAGAGACCGUGUGGAAUCAGAUCGGCUCCCUGUCGGAGCAGAUACAGGACCUCGAUGGCGCCUAUCAAUGCUACGAGCAGGCCCUCAAGUACAAUCAAUGGUCUGUGCCUGCUAUGCAGGGCAUCGCGUGCAUUCUGCGCACCAAGGACCAUUUCCCGCAGGCCGUAGAAUACCUGCGCACUAUCUUGAAGGUCGACCCAGCCAACGGGGAGGUCUGGGGCAGCCUUGGCCAUUGCUACCUGAUGAUGGACGACCUGCAGCAAGCAUACACGGCCUAUCAGCAGGCGCUCUACCAUCUGAAUGAUCCAAAGGAACCAAAGCUCUGGUACGGCAUCGGGAUCCUGUACGACCGCUAUGGAUCUCUCGAGCAUGCCGAGGAGGCUUUCUCUCAGGUCAUGCGCAUGGAGCCCAACUUCGAGAAGGCGAAUGAGAUCUACUUCCGCCUGGGAAUAAUCUACAAGCAACAGCAGAAGUUCAAUCAAAGUCUAGAUUGUUUCAAAUACAUCGUCACGAACCCGCCCCGUCCGCUGACGGAAGAGGACAUUUGGUUCCAGAUCGGCCACGUCUACGAGCAGCAGAAAGAGUUUGAUGCUGCAAAGGCCGCUUAUCGCCGGGUGUUAGAGCGUGACCCGAACCAUGCGAAAGUGCUUCAGCAGCUAGGCUGGUUGCACCACCAGCAGAGCACCAAUUACGCUAGUCAGGAACAGGCUAUCGAGUACCUCGAGAAAUCAGUGGCUUCCGAUCAAACGGAUGCACAAAGCUGGUACCUGCUGGGACGCUGCUACAUGUCACAGCAGAAAUACCCGAAAGCCUACGAAGCCUACCAACAGGCAGUGUACCGUGAUGGCAGGAACCCGACCUUCUGGUGCUCCAUCGGAGUACUCUAUUAUCAGAUCAAUCAGUAUCGCGAUGCGCUCGACGCGUACUCCCGCGCCAUACGACUCAAUCCAAACAUCUCCGAGGUCUGGUAUGACCUUGGCACACUGUACGAGUCCUGCAAUAAUCAGACUGCGGACGCGCUCGACGCGUACCAGCGCGCCGCAGAUCUUGACCCUUCCAACGUCCACAUUAAGGCUCGCCUUCAGCUGUUGCAGAACGGCCAAACAUCAGCUGGCGUCCCCAACCAAGGCAGCGCACCAGUCCCACAAGACGUCCAUCCCCAGGCAUACCAGCCCGCUUCCAUUCAUGGGCCGGCGGCCCCUCAGUGGGGAGCUCCGCAACCCCAACAGCCUCCUCAAGGCCCCGCUCCGCCAGCAUUAGGAGCUUCAGGGUGGGAUCGUCCCUUAGCUCAAAUCCGCGAUCCGGGCCUGCCUCCCCAGCAGCUGAACCCUUAUGACCAGCGGGAGGGCAUCCGUCCUCCCGCGCAGCAUGCUCCUCAGCGACCGCCGAGCCCAAGACAGGAGCCCAUGAGGCCAUACCAGGAACCAUCCCGACCGCCCACUAAUGGACCAGGCCCUACCGGUCCCACCGGUCCUCCUGGGCUUCCUGGACAAGGGCCAAUGCGUCGCGGACUUUCGCCGUCUCCGAAGACUCACCAUGUCGCUCCGAGCCCAUAUCACCCUCCUCCUCCACAGCUCACCCCUCAACCUUCUCAAGCCCAGCCGCAGCUCCCGCCUCAUCAGCAACAACCGCAGCAGCCAAACCGCAUAUCCAACCCUAACUAUGGUCCUCAUGCCGGUGGUGUGCCUCCGCCUCCUCCACCACCUCCUACUGGGUUGAACGGCCCACCCGGACAAGGCCCGAGCCAAGGUCCGCUCCCGCCAUAUGGGCGUAUGGGGAGCCCACCUCCUGAAGUUCGUCCAAUCGUGGAGAACAGGGCGGGGACUCCUCGCAAUGGAUAUCAAGGACCGUAUCAGCACCACCCUGAUCCUUCUUCUGCGGGUGGUAUCGCUAGUGGCGCACCGCCUCCAGCUUCUGCUCUAGCGGCGGCGGAGGCAGCAGCGCGUGAACGUGAGGACCGCCCUCCGACCGCCCCGCCAAAGCGCCUUCGAGAAUGGGAGGAUAACGACCAUCUUCCCAAGCCCCCGACGAAUGACGAGAAGCGCCAGAAGUUGGAGGAGCCGCAUAGCCGUCGCCCUUCUCCUCCACAUCGUAUGUCAUCUCCACAAGUGCCUCGCCACAGCCCACAAGAUGCGCCUGAUCCUCGUCGUUUCAAUGAUGGGUACCACCCGUCGGAGGCUGCUCAUCAUCCUCCCUCGCUACCCCCGAUGAAUGCGGCGCAGCCGCCGUUGCCCCGCAUGUCGGAGACUCCUAAGCAGGAGCGUCCUGAGCACCACGAGCCCGCGGCUCGUCACAUGGACGUGGACGAAAACUACGACGAUGAAGGCGAGGAGUCCAAAGCAAACGGGCCCAAGUCAGAACGCGAGAGCCCACGCAACCCAGCGACCAAUGGCCUCUCUCAUGCACCUACUCCUGUUGAGCAGAAGUCUUAGGCAGACCUGACCAAUUUGAGCGCGAACCCAGAUUUACGAGAAAACAAAGUGAGCUUAACAUUCAUUCCAGGCAUACCAAAAGCGUACGAUGGCAUUUCAGGAAGGUGGAACGAGUCACGGAUGGUUACCCCGUGUCCUCCCAUCACCCCUUCUCCCGCCCCUUCGUUUGAUGGCUUAGACAAGGGUGACUGUCUAUAAAACGUCGGACACAAGAUACACACCCUAUAAUUACCAAAUCUCUGAUAUUACGGCAUUCUUGGAGGGACCGGUAUACACGAGCGGAGGGUACAGGUUCAUAGUUACGGCGUGUUCAGGCGAAGAUAUCUAUGGCGGGUUGCGG